AUAUCAUCGUCCUCAACACUCAUAGGCUUAGUCACCGCAGUUUUCAUAAUGUUAGACUUCUAGCCUCGCCAUUCCCUUCAAAUUCGUAACUAUCGAUAUUGAAUUACAUCUUCUCUAUCCUGAAAAGAGGACCGAAAAAAGCCUACGUAACUGGCGACAUGUCGAGGAUAUCUAACGAAGAAGGCAAUGGCGUCAUGCAUACGGUUAACAACAACAAGACAGGAAGCGGGAACACGAAGAGGCAUUGUAAACGAUUUUGGUGGCUUUACUUGUUAAUUUUACUGAUAAUCAUAGUGGCUAUAGUUGUUCCAUGUGUGUUGCUCAUAGCCGUUCCCAGGAUGGCCCAGAAGAAGUUGAAUGAAGCCAAAUUAAGCAUUGAUGGGAUUACUGUCACCAACGCUCAAACCGACUCUCUAAAUAUGGCCAUCAACUCGACAAUUACCACAGAUGACUCAACUCACGCUACCAUCGACGGCUUCGAAGGUACAAUGUACCUAGCGGAUGUUAACCCUCCUCUAGCAUUCGCAAAGAUCGACUUUCCUCAAACAACGUCACACGCUCUACAAACCGUCAACAUCAGCCAACAGAUUCCCAUCUCAGAUUCAAAUGCUCUCACAACAUUCAACGAGCACCUCAUACGGCAAGAAUCUAUCUAUGUGAUGGUUCAGGGGGACACACAUGCCCACGUUCGCGGUAUCUCGUGCGCAUAUCCAGUUACCUUCAGGAAGACGGUUCCACUCAAGGGACUUAACAGCUUCAAGGGUCUCAGUGUGACCAAUCCGCACGUAAAUACCGGGCAAUUCGACAACUUCAAUGCCACGGCUCAUAUCCCUAAUCCGUCUGAUCUGACGCUGGAUAUCGGCAACACCACAUUCCACACCUACUUCAACAACACCGAAAUCGGGACGGCGUAUAUCUUAAACGUGGUACUACGCGCCGGGAUGACUAACGACUUCUUCAUAUGGGCCGAUAUCAACGAGACGACAAUACUCGAGGCAUUAACGCAGAGGCCUUGGUGCGAGCGCAAUGGUACUCUAACGUUCCAACUCGCAGGUAAGAAUGUGACGAACAACGGUCAGGCUCUACCGUACUUUGCGACUGCGUUAGGUGCGACGAAUGCUAGUGUGGAUAUCCCAAUCGGCCAGGCUGUGUGGAGUGAUAUUGGACUUUCUAUUGCUUGUAGUGACUAGUUUUCGUUGAUGGAAGGUUGUGUUGGUAAGAGAGACGACACAUUGAAAUAAGAUACCGAGUUAGGAGCAGCAAGGCAACUAGGGAUGUGCGAGGGAAUAUAACACAAGAUCAUACACAUCUAGAUGUACGUCUCAGCCACU